AUGUUCAGAAAUAACUAUCAGGGUGGAGCUGUGGUUGAGAUCUUUAGUGGACAAGGAAAAGACCCUGUUGCAAAAUGGAAGCUUUGUGGAGGUCCAUCAGCCAUACAUAAGGAGUACAAUAAAGAAGUCAAGGGAUUUGUUUACUGUCUGGAGGGAAGCAGCCAGACAGUCAAGAUGCAAAUGCCAGAGAGUGGGAAAAUGUCUCUUGGACUUCUCCAAAGAUUCUUGGUCCUUCAAGUGAAUAUUCCCCAGUGCAAAGAUUUUUCAAUUGAGCUUGUGAUCACUGAUUCAGAGCACCUGAAAAGAAGACUUCACUUAUCAACAGUGUAUAAAGAGAUGUCUGCCACUCUUUUGCAUGCAAAGAUACCUUUUGUAGGAUUGAAACGCAGUAUUUGGUCUACUCUGUGCAUCGACCUUGCAUCAUUCACCAAUGAGCUCUUCAAGGGGUUUUUGACACUGGAUGGCAUCACUUUGUUUGCUACCUGUAAAGUCCGCAGAAUCUUCACCAUGAAAACAGAGCCCACAGGAACAUCAGAUGAUGAUAUGUUUCUAAGUGGAGCUGGUCUCAUGGACUUGAUCCCGCGCAGUUGUCAGUUCCCAUCAGAUGUAAAGCACGUCACUCAGGUGUUGAACAUGGAGAAUUUGCGAAAGGCAGAUGUGAGGGCUGGACUGUUGAGUUCUGACUCUGUUCCUGAUCAAUCUACCACUGCAAGAUCAACCACUUAUCGACAAUCCAGGCCCCAGGGUGUUUCACUCGCAGCGUCAGGCUCCAGGGUCUCAGGGCCACCCCCUCAAACUGGAAAAAAAAGCAGUGCAGCCUCAGAUGGAACGGAUAUAAGUGUACUCUUAAUCACAAAUGCGGGAUCCCCAGCCAGUAAAGUGAUCCAAAAAGUUACUGCAGAAAGUGAGAGCAUUGCCACGCAGAGUGACAAGUUAUCACACAGAGAACCGUCCCACAUACUUCUUGAGGGAACACUUGGCAGUUUGCAGCCCCAUCCCCCGAAUGACAGAGUGUUGGACAAGCUGGGAUCUAAGAAACUGCGGGUCUACAGUGCUAGAAGAGAGAAGCUAGCAUUGUCAGCCUCUCCAGAUGCUGUUAAUGGUGGCCACAGAAAGAAAAGUAAAACCAGGGAGAGGAGCACUCCCUCACCCAGUAGGCAGGAGAGCAAGCAACAACCUCUGACCCCAACAGAAAAGACAAAGCACCUAACAGCAGAUGAGCGUAGCUGCACCCCUGCCAAGGAAAGUUCAGGCGCUGCUCCCACACCAGCACAGUCUCCCUCCUGCUCGAUCUGUCCAGGUUUGCCAUGUGACCUGCAGGUCUGGAGCAGCUGGGAGAGUAAUGAAGGGUCUGAGCCCCAGCUCACUCUGCGAGAGGAGGUGUUCACUUUCUCAUCCCAGCCACACUCACCCAAACGAGGGCCAGGCCAGGGUGACCAGGAGAAGAUGGAGAUGGGAGCUGAUCAGGUUCAGAGCAAAAGUGUGAGGCGGUACGAGGCCCAGCCUGAGGAUGACUUCAUCGGCAGUGAAAGUGAUGAGGAUAAGAACUACACCAAGUUCCAGCAUCAAACAACAAGUGCUGAGUCCAACCCUGCCACUCCCAGAUCUCUCACUCCAACUACGGAUGUGCAGUGUGAAGUACAUCCUGAAUCUCAUAACAUGGAACAUACAGCACCGAAAGAGCUGAGUCCAGCUAUCACCACCAUGCAUCCUCUCAGUGGGAGAGCUGAACCAGCUGGGAUCGCCCCCACACGCUGCCUCUCACCCAGUGUGGCACCCAGCAGGCAGGAACACAAAUGUGGCCCACAUGUAUCAGAGGUAGUGAACCAGGCUGUGAAAGGCAACAGCAGUGUUUCGCUUUCAAGGAGACUCCUGCAAGAAGUCAAACUGGAUGAUUCCACACAGCUCAAGUCGAUCAUUUCAAAGGGAGAGGAAGACGACACACUGAAGCCUGUUGACUCCAGCUUACACCUGCUUAGCAGUCUACAAAUGCAUGGGGAUGAUGAUGACGAGCUUCGAAUGCUGGCAAGUCUAAAAAGGGAGCAGGAGGAAGAUGAAUGUAGAGCCUCAGGCCUCAGUGCGUCUCAGAUCCACCAGUGUAAUGUCAGCAUCAGCAUGAGCAGUGACGACGCCUCUACCUGGACCCACAUCUACACGCCAGCUAAUCAGGGUCACCACUAUCAGAAGGAAAUGAACCCCCUCCUGCAAUCAAACCCGAGGGAGUGGAUGGACGUGCUCAGCCCUCCCAUUAUGCCUCCCAACCAGGAGAGAAGAUCAGGCAACACAUGGAACAAUUUAGAAGAUAUAAUCGCAGGGCGGGAUGAGUCUACAAAUGAAGAGGAGAAGGAGGACGAGUAUUUGAAUCUGCUCUAUGAUCCGUGCCUCAACUGCUAUUUCGAUCCAAAGACGGGGAAGUACUACGAACUCGUUUGA